GGUCAUCAUAUGAUCUAGGCUCUUAAACAUUCAACUUUAUUAAUAAUCAUAAGUCAUAAGAAAGGAUAUGUGUUCCUCCAUCCUGGAGCAGACAUUUACCAGAAAAUCAGAUAUUCUAUUUUAUUUAUUGUAUCUAUCACCAAACUAAGUAUAAAUCUACUUUAAAAUGUGUUUCAAGUCUCUUUUUAUUUGAAUUUCAAGACCCUGACACAUACUCUUAUAAUUAUAUACUUCAUCAGAAAUCACUAUUCACUGUAAGACUGUUUAUAUCUUCAUCAUGCUCUUUCAGGAGGUUUUAACAACACAAUCUUACAAAGCAAAUGAAUAAACAAUUGUAUGGUCUAGCUUUUUAUCUUUGCACUUAAUUGUUGUCUUAUUUAAAACACACACACAACCCUAUUAUAUAUAAAAUAUAUAUUUACUUUAGAUUUUGUCUUUGAAUGGAAACUAAACAACUGACUGUCAUUUAACUUUAUUUAUUUUAUCCUUGUACUGUCCUUUAUGUUUUGUUGUUUUCUGUUUCGUAUGUAUGUUUUUACAUAAAUUGCGUGUUUUAAAUAGAUUUUCCUUGUAUGUAUACUGUUUCAAACUUUAACACAAUAUACUUACCUGUGUCUGAGUGGUGAAAUGUAAAACUACUCAGUCAAAACGAAGAAUAUAUUUUUAAAUACACUGAACCAUAUGCCUAGAUAGGUUGUUGUAUCUGUGUUUUACAGUUGUUUCUGCCCCAGUUGGGCCAUUAACACCUGGGGAUGGGCAGACUGGGCUGCUGUUGGAUGCUGCCUCCUGAUAGGCCGUUGACCUGCUGCCAGCUCAGGUUAAAGAGGCCCAUCUCAUCUUAGUCGUUGUACAGUUGUGUCACUUUCAGUUACAACUUGUUGCUUUUGACCAGUGGACAGAACUCACUUUUCAACAUCGGAAAUGGCUUCUGAAAAAUCCUUUCACAGCAGGAUGUUUUUCCUCUGCCCUGUGUGCAAAAAGGCUCCUCACUCUCUUCCUGGGCAUCUCAGGGAGGUGUGUAUGAGGAACAGCACAAAGGCAGAGAUCCAGGCAGUCGUCAUAGAGGCCAAGAAGGAGUUGUCCGAAUUCUGUCACAGAGGACGUUUCUGGGAGUUUGGAAAAAUUCGUGACAUAUUGGACUCUACUAAUCCUCUGGCCAGGAUGAUUGCGGAGAUGCAGUCAAGGGGGUUGGUGAUUAAUAACUUACCUUCACUCCUCUCGGAACCAGCUCAAUCGACUACAUCUUCUGUGUCUCAAAGCUCUGGAGAAGGUGCAGAAGGUCCAGUUGAGCCUCCAAAUGAGCCCUUAUCUGACGAGAGCUCUGGAGAGUACUAUCAGAGCACUGUUGGACCGAAGUGGACCUCUUCUGUGAGGGUGGAGAUGGUCAAAAAAGGCUUGUACAAUAAGCACUCCAUUGACCACCCCCUUCUAGCAGGAUUUAAUAAGUACCUGCUCACUGACCUAGGAUAUAAAAACAGCAAACAAGUAGUGGAAACAGUGUCCAGGUUCUUGCAUUACAUGGACCCGACUGAGCCAAACCUGAUGUUUGUUCGGCAGGUGGAGAAAGUGCAAGAGUACUUUAACAUCUUGUCAGAUACAAAGCUCUCAAAAUGGACAGUGUUUAACUACUCGAAGAGUCUCAAGAGAUUCAUGACCUACAUUAUUACCUCCACGGAUGUUCGCCACAACAAUCCAGCUCUGUUCCAGGACUAUAAAAGAGUUAUGGAAACGCUGUAUGGAAUACAGAGUGGCAUGUCCAAAAAAUUGAGCAUGGAGGUCACAGGAAAAAAAUCUGAGUUUGGCAAGGAAAUGUUGCCAAAGGACUGCCUUGUUGUUUUGGAGGCUGCAUUCAAAGAUUUCCAGGCCGUGAUAUGCAAAAUGCAGGGUCCAGGAGCCAUCACAGGGGACUGUUUGACUAAAAAUGAACGGCUGCUUGUCCUCUACUACCUUGAGGCUCUUGUCAUGCUGAAGCUACUUCAGCGGCCUGGAGUAGUGACACACAUGACUGUUGAGGAUUGGGAGGGGAGAAGCCGGAUAGAGAAUGGUGUCUGUGUUGCAGUGAAGGAGCACAAAGUACCGUUGUCACACGAACAGGAACUUUGGUUUGACUUGUACUUCAAUGAGGUGCGGCCAGUAAUGCUGCAAGAAAACCGAUCCGGCGACGAUGUGGCAGUUGAUUCAUUUUUUGUGUCAAGUAGUGGGAGAUCGAUUUAUAAUCCCUCCAAUGACUUAAAAAGACUACAUGACAAAUACAGUCUCCUCAGUGUGACCUUUGGUGAUGCCCAGAGAGUGUUUGAGGCAGCAGCACAAAACCUGAAGUCAGAAGUGGAGAGAAAUGUGGUGGCACGGCUGUUUGGGCAGCCAGAAACAGCUGAAAGGAACUACAGGAAGAGAACAUCUUCAGAUGCAUUUCUGGCUUUAAGUGUGCUAGAUCAGCUUGCUGGAAAAACACGACAAAGGUCCAGUAGAGCUUCCAGCCAAGAGACAAAGGUGGACGAGGAGACAGCCUACAAAACUCUUGAGCAGUUCUGUCCAGUGACUCUGGAGGGGCCUCCUCCAAAAAGGGCACGCAGGAAUGAGCUGUGUGGCUCAGAACAUGAGAGGCACUGCUAUGACCGCUGGCGUAGCGAGCAGCUCAAGCUGCGUGAACAGCAUGCUCUUGAACAUUUUGCUGGACAGCAGCCAUCAGAAUCCAAAAUAAACCGCUGGAUGGACAAACAAGGGUGGACGUCAAAUGUCCCACAGGCUUCAGUGGUUCUGAAGCAGUGGAAGCCUGUUGCCAGGUUGGACUUGGUCGUCGACAGGCUGGAAAGGACUGACUGUCAGACCCGUCCCUGACAAGGGUGAUGGUGUUUUCGUCAAAAGACCCUUUCAGAUUGGGGAGGUUGUCUGUGAAUACCACGGCCAGCUGGUUAGCCAUGAAGAGGGGAUGGCAAUUGCUUCAACCAGCGGCAUUAGAGCUGGACAUUUGAUUUUUUAUAAGAACAAGCAACAUGAAGCCAUGUGCAUUGAUGCACAUGAAGAAAGUUGCCAGUGCCAUCCCAAGUUCAAUUACGGACGCCUGAUACGUCACUCCAGCAUAUAUCCGGCCCAGGCUGUAUGUUCUUAAUGAUAGAGACAUCAUUCUCUUCAUUGCCACAAAAGACAUUUUGAGUGAUGAGGAGUUACUCUAUAAUUAUGGCUCAAAGAGGAGAUCUUUUGCUGGGAAAGGGCUGGACUUGGACUGGAUGUGAAACAACAUCUUUCCAUCCCCCAUUCUGACCCACUUCUAACAUGUCCAACUCCAAGUUUCCACCUGUGGCCAUAUUCUCUCCUCUCUCUCUGGACUCUGGACAACCAUCCCUGCUCUUCUCACCCUGAGAAUUCUUCCUGCAAUGUCAAGCACCAACACUGCUCUCCAAAUAGAGACUUGGUUGUAAUAGGCUGAAUGAGUGGGUCUUACUAACCAUUCACCUUUACUUCCAGAGAACUGUAUUUUCUCUUACUGACUUGUCUUUUUUCACUCUUUUUUUUCUCAUAAGUUUCCUUUAUGCAAUAGUGAGAGUGUGAGUAGGCUACUCCAUAUUCUCUCCUCACUCUCUGUGCAACACAUGUGGAAUUACAGCCUGGUAAGUAUGCUGAAGCUGCUCGUAACCCUCCCUCCCACGAACCCUUAAUUUCAACCACAAGAAAAGCCAUGGACCUUACUGCCGAGAAUUAACCAGGCAUGUUAAUUCUUCAAGCAAGCUAUAGUAUAUUCAUCCUAGGAUUCACCACCAUUUUUAAUUUAAGACAUUACCU